CAUUUCACAACCCGGGUAGUCUGGUACAAACCCAAACAGAGAGUAUCUCAGAGAAAGCUCAUGUUUAAAGCUGAGAGUCUGACAAUUAUCUACCAAGUACGAGCAUAUCUUUUCCAGCCUGCCAAGUACUGGCUCCAGAGCUUGCAGGACAGAGGCAGAAGGUUGGCUUGACAACUGUUCCAGUUAACAAUCCUUGCAAUCUGAAGUUGAAACUUGAAACCAGUCACGGACAAGGGCUCGUUUGGAACCAGGCCCGGAUCGAUUAAGUUAAAGUUUCAGACCGUUCAUCGCCCUACAGUUUCUGGCUCGAAAUUGCCACUCCUGAAAAUCGAGUUUGGUUCCCUUUCCUGAAUCAUGAAUUAGAUUCGAUCAGAAUUGAUAGCAAAUCUCUCCAAGAAAGCUACUGGAAGAGGCAAAAAUUGUAACUUUUCAUUAAUGGGUUCCCAUGGCUGUAACUCACCAUGAACAUGACAAUUAUUCAUGUUCCAUAUGUCCCUUCUCUUCUGUAUUACUUAAUUGCCGAAGUCAACCUGUUCGUGUUUCAAAUCAUACAUGGAUAGCAUGGGAUCACUUUUUCUCAAAUUUAUUCUUGAAAACACCGUCAAGGAUGGAAAACUUAUGAUUCCAAGAAAGUUUGCUAGACAAUAUGCAAACUCUCUGUCAAAUCCGGUAACCCUCAAGCUCCCAAGUGGUGCUGCUUGGCAAGUUGAGUUGCUUAAAAAUGAGAGAGACAUUUGGUUCGAUAAGGGUUGGAAAGAAUUUGCACAGCAUUACUCUCUGGACCUUGGAGACACAGUCGUUUUUAAAUAUGAGAAAGAUAGCCAUUUUCAUGUGUUCAUAUGUGAUCAAAAUGGGAUAGAGAUAGAGUACCCAUCAGAACUCAACGUGGAAGAAGAUGAAGAUGAAGAUGAAGAUAAAGAUAUCAUUGAAUUGGUUUGUGAAAAGAGUGUUAGCAAAAAAGCUAAAUUAUACAUCUUCCGAGAUGGUUCUGAACUUGCCAACAACCUCAUUACAGAGAAUCCAUCCUUCCACUUUGUUGUGAAGUCGUACCAUUUGGAGAAGGGUAACGUGUAUGUACCAAACAGCUUUAUGAAAGAGCUUAUGGAGAUCACAGAAACAGAAAGUAUACUGCUUCAGGUUGCAGAUAAGGUUAAGGUAUGGCCUGUGAAUGUGAGAUUCUAUCCUUUAAAAAGAAUGGGUUGUCUAACCUCAGGCUUCGUCGCAUUUGCAAGGGAAAAUUCACUGCAAGCUGAAGAUGUUUGCGUUUUCCAACUGAUCAAGAACAAUAUUCUGAAUGUUUCAAUCUUCAAAAAUGCUUCUGGGAUUCCAAGAAAGUUUAUGAGACAAUAUGGAAAUGGUUUGUCAAGUCCAGUAAUCCUUAACGUUCCUUCUGGUGCUAAGUGGCGAAUGGAGUUGUUGAAUUGCAAUGGUGAUGUUUGCUUGGGAAAAGGUUGGCGAGAUUUCUCGAAUUAUUACUCUUUGGACCAUGGAAAUUUUCUAGUUUUUAAAUAUGAGGGAGAUUGCCAAUUUCGUGCACUCAUAUUUGAUAAGAGCACUUUAGAGAUUGAGUACCCAUGUAAUAACUUCUACAAUGCAAAGCCAAAUCAUGGUGAACUCCAUGAUACUAACAUCGAAGAAAAUGAAGAUGACACUUCUGUUGAAGCAUUAGAUGUUCUGUCACAAUGCAAGAAAAUGGGGGAAAAGUCAACAUUCCUACGUCGAUCUUGGAAGUUCACGCAAUCGAGGUGCAAAAAGAAUGAUAAUGGGAAAGUCAGAAGGCCACAUUCAUGUUCAAGGACCUCUUCUCAAGCUCUUGAGGCUGCCAACAAGGCAAAGUAUCCAUCUUUUCAGGUUGUUGUGAAGCCGUAUCAUUGGGAUCACAGCAAUGUGCCCAUGCCAGCUCCUUUUUUCAGAAGCUAUUUUGAGUAUAAAACACAGCUUAUAAUGCUUCAAAUUGCAGAUAGAUUGUGGUUUAACUUGAUCAGCACUUCAGGUAGUCGUACAGCUGCUUUAUCUGCUGGUUGGCAUGCAUUUGCAAGGGAAAAUGCUAUAGAAGUUGGAGAUGUUUGUGUCUUUGAGCUUAUUAAGAGGAAUGUAUUGAAUGUAUCCAUUUUUAGAUGCGUCAGUUGAAAAUUUCGCCAUUUUCUGUUUUUUGAAGCAUUUUGCAACUGUUAGAGACAUUAAGAUUACUGUGUUCUAAGAUGUUUUUGUUGUCUUUAUUUGUACCUUGUAUUGUUAAAAAAAAAAAGGUUGUGUAGUAAAUUAGAGAAUGUUCAAUGUACUAUAAUUGAGUUA